AAUGAACUUUUAUUCAAUUCCCGCGUUAUAAAUUCACUCAAUCCAAACAGAAAAACUCACACAUUUCGUUUCGCAUUUCAUUCAAAAAAUCUCUCUCUCUGAAGAAAGAAAAAAAACCAAAACAAACACACUGAUUUGAAACUUCCUUUGCAAGAUUCAAAAUGAUCGCGUCUCUCAAAGCUGAAGAGCAAGGUCAGUUACAGCUCGUGGAGCGAGAAGACAUUGAUGACGAAGAAGAUUUGUUCGAAGCUAUUGACAAGUUGAUAGCACAAGGAAUAAAUUCAGGAGACGUGAAGAAGCUUCAAGAUGCAGGGAUCUACACGUGUAAUGGCUUGAUGAUGCACACUAAAAAGAAUCUGACAGGAAUCAAAGGAUUAUCUGAGGCUAAAGUUGAAAAGAUAUGCGAAGCUGCUGAGAAGAUAGUGAAUUAUGGUUAUAUAACAGGAAGUGAUGCUCUGCUGAAAAGGAAGCAAGUAAUUCGCAUCACAACAGGAAGUCAAGCACUGGAUGAACUCUUAGGAGGCGGCGUUGAAACUUCCUGUAUUACGGAAGCUUUUGGGGAAUUCCGAUCUGGGAAAACACAGCUUGCUCAUACUCUCUGUGUCUCUACACAGCUUCCUACCAACAUGCGGGGAGGGAAUGGGAAGGUUGCUUAUAUUGAUACUGAAGGAACUUUCCGGCCUGAUAGAAUUGUUCCUAUUGCUGAAAGAUUCGGCAUGGACCCAGGAGCUGUCCUGGAUAAUAUCAUUUAUGCUCGUGCUUAUACAUAUGAGCAUCAGUUCAACCUGCUUCUUGGCCUUGCUGCCAAAAUGUCUGAAGAGCCGUUCAGACUGCUGAUUGUGGAUUCAGUGAUUGCCCUGUUUCGAGUGGAUUUCACAGGAAGAGGAGAACUUGCAGACCGUCAGCAAAAGUUAGCACAGAUGCUCUCCCGAAUGACAAAGAUAGCUGAGGAGUUCAAUGUUGCAGUCUACAUGACUAACCAAGUUAUAGCAGAUCCAGGUGGAGGAGUGUUCAUAUCAGAUCCAAAGAAACCUGCAGGAGGUCAUGUGCUUGCUCAUGCAGCCACAAUCAGGUUAAUGUUCAGGAAAGGCAAAGGUGAACAACGCGUCUGCAAGGUCUUCGAUGCCCCAAAUCUACCAGAGGCUGAAGCAAUUUUUCAGAUAACACCAGGAGGAAUUGCAGAUGCAAAGGACUAGAUAAAGUCCAAACUGUCGGCUUUCUAUGGAACACCAGGAGGCGAAACAGUAUAAAGAUUACCUUCCCAGUUAUCUACUAGUUUAUGUAUACAGUUAGAAAAGCGUAUUUCGUUUCUGCAAUGGCAGUGCAAUUAUUUCUGCUGUAGCAGCUGUUUAUGAGAUAUCAUACUCUUAUUUCAAGGUAAUUAGAAGUAUAAAAUGCUCAUGCCAAAAUUUAAAGUCAA